AUGACUACAAAGCCAGGUAUACGACACUUCGCUAGACGUGUGGUGACCAAAGGCAUGCUCGAAAUAUUCAUGGAAAAUGUCAUUUGUGACACAGUUACCUAUUUUGAGCAUGCUAAAAGAGAAUCAGUAACUGCGAUGGAUAUGGUCUACGCAAUAAAACGUGAAGGAAAUUGGUACUUGUACAUGUGUCGCGCUGUAGAUAACAUCGACUUGUAUAAAGUAGACAACAAAUUUUGCUUGACAGAUACUCCUGAUUGUGGUGCUUUGUCAUAUGCUUGA